AUAAAUAUAAACCUUUCUAUUUCAAACUUCAGAACAAGCUAAGUCCUUUCAAUCUCAGAAAACUCCAGUUCAAUUAGAAUCACAUCAAACAACAAAAAUACUUACAAUUACAUUCAGUAUUAUCAAGAAGUCAUGGGUAUUAUUCGUUUGCCUUCUAAGUUUUCCAGUGUCAAGCAAUUCCACAAAUUGCACUCAAGAAAUCAUAUUUUAGAUGUUCCGAAAGGACAUUUUGCAGUUUACGUGGGAGAGACAGAGAAGAAACGUUAUGUAGUUCCAAUUGCAUACUUAAACCAAGCUUCGUUCCAGGAAUUGCUUAGGAAAGCAGAGGAAGAGUUUGGGUUUCAACAUCCUAUGGGUGGUCUCACAUUACCCUGCAAUGAGGAUGCUUUUUUUCAUCUCACUUCUCAAUUGAACACUACUUUAUAAUUAUGAUGCGAUGAAGAUAUGCGAUGCAGCAUUAUAAAGACUAGCUAGAUUAGAAGUUCUCUUUGAUUUAUGCAUAUAUUUUUUCCUCUUGCAAUGCAAUUAUGCAAGAGCUGUAAACUUAUGUACAAAGCCUUUUCUACCGGCUCAUAUUGUUGAGGGAACCGGAGAGGAAAGCAUACAAAUCAAAAUUCUUACCAUUCUUCAUUGUCUUUGAAAAUUGAACACCAAAUUCUUUAAUCA